ACACACCUUAGACUUCUCUCCUGAGAGUUUCUGGACUCAGCCAUGAUGUGGAGUGCUAGUUUUAUGAGGCGGCAAUUGCUGAAAGUACAUCACCUCAUGUGCGAUUGUUACAGGGGCCAGGCGACGGAGGAAUUUGAAAGUCAGAGUGAAGACUUGGGUUUAUUGCGUGGCAUGCCGCCGAAGUGAUCCACAGGGGUGGCUGGACCUCCACUGGCACUUUUGGGAAGAUUUCUCCUCAAAGAUGCACAGCAGACUCAUCAAUAACAUACAAUCAGAAAACCAAACAGGUGUAGCAGAAUUCCUCCUCCUGGGUCUCUCAGAGGACCCAGAACUGCAGCCCCUUCUCUUUGGACUGUUCCUGACUAUGUACCUGGUUACUGUGCUUGGGAACCUGCUCAUCAUCUUGGCCGUCAGCUCAGACUCCCACCUCCACACCCCCAUGUACUUCUUCCUCUCCAGCCUGUCCUUUGUUGACAUCUGUUUCAGCACCACCAUAGUCCCCAAUAUGCUGGUGAACAUCCAGACAGAAACCAAAGCCAUCACCUACACAAGCUGCCUUACUCAGGUAUAUUUUUUCAUGGUUUUUAUAUGUACGGACAAUUUACUUCUGACCGUGAUGGCAUAUGACCGCUAUGUGGCCAUCUGCCACCCUCUGUACUACACCGUCAUCAUGAACUCACGCCUCUGUGGCUUGCUGGUUCUCCUUCCCUUGUUCAUUAGCAUUAUGAUCGCCUUGCUCCACAGCCUGAUGGUGUUGCAUCUGUCCUUCUGCACAGACUUGAAAAUCCCCCACUUCUUCUGCGAACUUGCUCAGAUCCUCAAACUUGCCUGUUCUGAUACCCUCGUCAAUGACAUCCUGGUAUAUUUAAUGACCGGCCUUUUGGGUGGGGGUCCCCUCUUGGGGAUAAUUUUCUCUUACACUCGAAUUGUCUCCUCCAUCUUGAGAAUCCCAUCAGCUGGUGGCAAGUAUAAAGCUUUUUCCACCUGUGGGUCUCACCUGCUGGUGGUUUUCUUGUUCUAUGGGACUAGUAUGGGAGUCUACCUUAGUUCUACAACCUCUUUCUCCUCCAGGAAUAGGGCAGUGGCCUCAGUGAUGUACACAGUGGUCACUCCCAUGCUGAACCCCUUCAUCUACAGCCUCAGGAACAGAGACAUGAAGGGAGCUUUGAGGAAACUUAUCUCUAGAACAUGUUUCUUUUCAUGACUUUGCCAUCUGCCUUGGGUGUGAGCUUCUGGAAUGAGUCAAAGGGACUGAAAUACUGCAUAUACCAGAAUCAGGACUCUUCAUAACUCAGCCCUCCUAGCACGGUGGUUAAUCAUGGGCUUUGUAGUCAAACAGCUUUGUACUAAAUCCUGCUGCCCUGUGUUUCACUAUUUGUCAUUUAUCAGCUAACUUAACUCUGAGUUCAGCUCACCAUCUACAAAAUGGGCAGAAUAAUAUUAAUUACACACUUGACAGUGAUAUUGGGAAUUUAUUUUAUGUUGGGAUAUAUGAGAUAAUUUAAUAUACAUGUUUAUUAAGCACUAGUAAAUUUUAAUAAAUAAUUACAGGUUUUGAAAAGUACAUUAUAUUUCAAUAAAGCUUGGGGAAAAUAAUGACUAUCAAGUGUAUACUCCAUGUGUUAGUAAACUUGUAGUGGCUACUCAUUUGCCUGCACAUUAAUAUGCUAAUUAAAUCAAUUCUCAUCUCACCCUCCCCUUUGAGUCAUCUUCAUCUUUUUCUU